AUGGACCCAGAAACAUUAGGGGCCUUUGGAGCCCCCGCUCCUCAGUUUGCUAUUCUUGACAUGUUCUUUCCAGGCUUCUCUACCUUCUCCAGUGCCGUUGAGAAAUACUUCAAGGUGGACCUCAACCUAUACAUACCUCUUGUUAUCUUCCUUGGCAGUGUAACCUUCGCGUGGCGUUACUUUUCUGAAUAUUUCUGGGAGAAGCUCGAAGCAUAUUUCAUGAGCACGGUGGACAUCCGGACCGACGAUGAGAUAUACAACAUGCUCAUGGCCUGGGUAGCCCAGCAGCAGUUUGCGAAGGGGGCACGGCGCUUCGUUGUCAACACGAACCUGAACUCCAGGGCAUGGUACCUGUGGCGUUGGGACGAGGACGAGGACGAUGGGCCCGAGGAGGGAGACGACAGCUCUGCGCAGAAUGGGAAGAAGAAGAAGGCACUCGCCUAUACACCCACCUUCGGCAGCCACUUCUUCUGGUACAAAGGCCGGAUCUGCAUUUUCCGCCGAGACAAGGGCCGCGACCAACAGGCGGGCUUCAUGCUCGUCAGCGAGCGCGAGGAGAUCUCCAUCUCGUGCUUCGGCCGUGACCCGUGGCUGCUGAAGGAGCUCCUCCUCGAGGCGCGCACCCAGUUCACGCAGCGGGACGAGCACAAGACGCUCAUCUACCGUGGCAUGAUUCCUGCCGGCACCACGACCCCGACCUGGCAGAGGUGCCUGGCCCGGGCUAGCCGGCCUUUCUCGACAGUCAUUCUGAAUGAUAAGGUCAAGCAAGACCUCAUCGACGAUGUCCAGGACUACUUGAACCCGGCGACCAGGCGGUGGUACUCGAACCGCGGUAUCCCUUACCGCCGUGGGUACCUGCUCUACGGUCCUCCUGGAACUGGCAAGAGCUCGCUCUCCUUGGCCCUGGCUGGUUUCUUCAAGAUGCGCAUCUACAUUGUCAGCUUGAGCAGCGUGACCUCCAACGAGGAGAACCUGUCGACGCUGUUUGCCGAGCUGCCGCGGCGGUGUGUGGUUCUACUGGAGGACAUCGACACGGCAGGGCUGACGCACACUCGAGAGGACAAUAAGCCCAAGGAAACCAAUGACGAUAAUAAAGAUGACGAAAUGGAGCCUGGGCAGCUCACCAAAGGCACUGGCCCUACUAACAACAAUAACAACAACAACAACGGCCGCCUCUCGCUCUCGGGCCUCCUGAACAUCCUGGACGGCGUCGCCUCGCAGGAGGGCAGGGUCCUGAUCAUGACGACCAACCACGUCGACAAGCUGGACAAGGCGCUGAUCCGGCCCGGGCGAGUGGACAUGAUCGUCAAGUUCGACCUGGCCGACACGGGCAUGAUCAGCUCCAUCUUCCGGGCCAUCUUCGCGCCGCUCGAGGGCGACGAUAAGCCCGCGGACGCGGAGGCGGAGGCGCUGCGGGACCCGGAGGACGUCAAGAGGCGUGUGGCAGCCGACAAGGCCCGGCGCGACGACAUCACGGCCCAGAUCGAGCAGCUGGCGGGCGAGUUCGCCGCGCGCAUCCCCGCCCACGAGUUCAGCCCUGCCGAGCUGCAGGGGUACCUGCUCAAGAACAAGCGCGACGCCGAGGGGGCGGUCCGCGGCGCCGAGGAGUGGGUCGUCCAGGCGAGGAAGGACAAGGCCGCGAAGCAGCUGAAGGACGCGGAGGAUAAGAGGAAGCAGGAGGAGGAGGACAAGAAGGCCAAGGAGGAGGCUGACAAGAAAAAGAAGGAGGAGGAGGAGAAGGACAAGAAGAAGAACAAGAAGAAGGGCGGCAAAUCCAAGAAGAAGGACCGCAAGGGCAAGAAGGAGUCGUCCAGCGAGUCCGACUCUGAUUCUUCCGGCGACUCGUCCAGCGAGUCCGAGUCGGAGGCUGAGGCGAAGAAGGACAAGGAGAAGAGGUCAAAGAAUAAGGGUAAGACCGACGUCAAGAUCAAGAUCGACGGUGUUAAAAGCGAGCAGGGACUUCUAACCCCGGCCUCGGCGGCGACAGAGAAGUCGGACGGUUUUGUCGAUAUUGAGAAGGACUGCGUCGACGACGAGGGGAGGCCGCGGACACGGGGCACGGAUUCUGGCUAUGGCACCCCUUAG